AUGCGCUACACGCUGGCGCCGGGGGCGCUGGCAUGUGACUGCCUGAGCUCAGAGGAGCUGCGUCUCUUACGUGACAGUUUCGUUCAUCUGGACACGGACGGUGACGGAGUCGUGCGGUUGCAGGAGCUGAAGAAUGCCUUCAGGGAAGAAAUGACGGAAUUGGGGUUGCCGUGCACUACCGAGACGGUUGAUUUGGCCUCGUAUUUGGGGCUUUUUGCUCGGCACGUGGAUGUGGUGAGGCGACUCGCGACCAACGUCUCCGUGGAGCUCUCGGACGACGAGAUGCGUCUACUAGAGGUGGUCUUUGAUAACAUGGACACAAAUGGGGAUGGCUUCAUUGACGAAGAGGAAUUAUGCAGUGCCCUUUCCGAGAGCCUCGGUAAGUGCAAGGCCAAUUAUGCCAUCAUUUGGUUGACAGGUUUGAUUAUGGCGCGAGUUGGCCGCAAUGCUGAUAGAAGGCUUUACGCUUCGGAUUUCAUCCGUGCGCUGCAGGAGAACAACGGUGUGAUCCCCAGGCAACUUAUCGGUCUUCCGUUAAAAUCUCUGGAGGAGCGGGGUCGGCUACGGAGGACUGUCUCCGGCGGUUGCGGUGGCAUGCUGACUCCUCUGCGACGGUCCUUCUCCCCCUAUGGGGUGCUUCUGGUCUUGCGUGUUGCCGAAUCGAUUUUAUGCAACAAGCAAACAUUGACAGCUGCGCAGUUUUCUGCCUCUCUGACAGAUGGCUUUCUGACCAUGGAGAGAUUGCUGGGCUGCGACCCCGAAGAAUUGGCGUCGCACAUUUGUCGCAGAGCACUUCUUUUGUCUCCUCAUGAAGAGACCAUUGGCGGUAUUAACUGUGGGCAUUUUUUGUCUCUCGUCCUGGACGAUCCCGGAAGUAUGCUUUUGAAUGUGCCAACUCCUUUCUCUCGUCUGGAGUCGUCGAUGCGUCAUUUUGCGGAUCUUUCGUACGAUUUUGGCCGUCAUCUUGCUCUGUGUCUGUUGAGUUCUGGCCCGGACUCUUAUACCUUGCAGCAGCUUGACGAGUUGCCGCAAAGGCUGCGGGCCACUUUUCCGGCGUUGAAGGAGGUGGCACUGUGGGAUAUAGUCCGGUAUUGUACCGCAGCGGCGGAGGUGAAAAGUGAAGGGGUUUUUUCACUCCAGCGGCUUGUUCGCCGACUCACAAUUCGGUUCUGUGUGCUGCCUUGUGACUACUCUGGAAAACUUUGGCGGCGGCUUAGUCCCCUAGAACGGUCUCGGAUACGCUCCCAUUUGGGCCGCAUGCAUAUAGAGGAGUUGUACACCAUGUCUCGCCAAAGGGCCCGCGAGCUUCUGAGGAUGAGUCUGCUUAGUUCAGACGACUUUUGGGACCAGGAACAUGUGGCUUUGACUGUGGCGUUAUGCGUGGAGUCAAUGAUCUUUUUGCAGAAGAUGCCUCCGGAGGAGGUGCGGCGAGCGAUGGCGCAGGAGGGUUGGCCACCGUCGGACGAUUUGGUGGGAGAUGACUGCAGGACGGACAUUGCUGUGAGGAUGAUGGCGGUCAACUUGGGCCGUGAGGGUCUUUCCGCCGUGACUGAAUCGAUUGUCUGUCUAGACACAUCGUGCGACUGCGUCAUCAAUGAGGAGCUGCUCCUCUCGACUCUCCGUGGCGUGGUGAGGCAGCUGCGACCGCGUUGGAGCAACGCGCGGGUGGAUCGGGCGGUCUGCGAUGUUGUUUUGGGCUGCGCAUUGGUGGAAGGCGGCGGGUGCGUAAAUUGCGGCGGCCUCCUGGAGCGUCUACGGCAUAUCCAGUAG